GGAGUAUGCCCAGGAAGCUGCUCUCCCCAAUGCUACCCUUCCUGCAACCCGGUCUGUUGUUACAACUCUCAACAAUCAUCGUUAUAUCAACAACAACAGCUACAACGGCAACAACAAGAGCAGUUUUAUCAUCACCCUCCAACUGAGACAGGCCUAGCAGCUGCGGCCCAGUACAUUAAAUUGCCAAGCGCACCAGCUCCUGCUCCAGCGUUUGCUCUUGCUCCAUCGCCCACCCCGGCUCCUCCUAAACCUCCCCCUCCCCCUCCCUGUGCGUCUUAUUGUCCGAAAGAAUGUUACCCAGAUUGCGCGACGUCGUGCUGUGAGCCAAAGCCGCCACCGAUGCCAUUGUAUUUGAAGAGAAAACAGUCAAUAGCUGUGGCUUGUGAAGGACACAAACUGAAGAUAAAAUGCCCAAAUAAGUACGACAAUUGAUUGAUUAAAGGAGAUUUAGAAUCACGUUAACGGCAAGCGGAAAACGUGAGAUUCAAGUCGGCAAUUUCUCAAAUAAGAAAAAUUGAGUAGGAUGAACCUUACAUGAAGCUGCUAUUUUUGAGGGUACAAGAAACAUUACAUGACAAGAGGAGGGGACACCACUACUCACCACUGAAUCUUUAUCAAGUGAUGGACUCCGACGUUUUUUCACGCGAUUUAUACUGUGAAUCAUGUGACAAAACGUCCUGGCCGUUCGCGGAAAGCUCAUAACCGGUGUCCAUGUUCAAUGCUAGAGCCCGCUGAUAGAUUUCGAUGGCCUCCUUCCCUCCUUGAAUUUAAAACCUCGGCUAUAUUAAAUAUAUUUAAGAUAGGAUUAAGUAACUCUUUAUUCGCAUAUAUGUGAUUCUAAAUCUCUCUCAUACGUUUAACAAAUGGCUGUUGUCAUAGGUUGUAUUCUCUGUACAUAUAUGCCACAACAAUACAAUACAUCUAAACAGCAACAAUACAAAGACAGGAAAGGAAAGCGACACGCAGGGUAUUCAAAAGCUAAAAUAAGCGAUGUUCAUUUCCAGUUUCCAGUAGUACAUUCAAACUCUCCUUGCAACUCUUAGAAAAACAAAAAGAAUUCCGAACUAACUGUUAAAGAGUUAACUUCAAUAUUUUAUCAUUAUUUUCUAGGUACGAUCGCAUCGCAUUAUACAGCACAUUUUAUGGCAGGGAUGAAAACAACACGUGUAAACACAACGUCCUUCCCUACAAAGGACAUUGCGUGGCCGAGGAACAGAGAGUCAACAAGAAGUUAUAUGACCUGUGUCAAGGGGAAAAUAAGUGUUUCGUGUCAGCUACUAAUGGUUUCCUUGGUACAAAGAAUUCGAGUAUUUGUCCUGAUGUGUAUAAAUACGCCAGAGUGGUAUACCGCUGUAUACAACAUCCAAAGAUUGUUCCGGUAGGUAUGCAUGUGCAAAUGCCCUUAAAAGAACUCUGCUCUUAAUUACUCUUGACUAAAUGUGUGUAUUGGUGCUCAGGAAAGGGGUCAAAAUGUGAAACUGUAGGAAUUUUUAAGCAAUGAGUAUAUGAAAAUCAUAUCUUUAAAUUGCGGAGAAAUGAUUAAACGUGAAGAAGAUCUUAGCAGUUGUACGUUUGCAGAGGUAACGCUGAGGUUAAGGGGUCGAAUCCCGUACGAACCUGAAUUUUUUUUCUUGCAGCUGCAAAAGUUGCGAAGUGUCCAUGAUCAAAUUAAAUAAAUCUCAGCGGUUCUUUCUAAAAAAAAUACUUGCAUGAAAUCUAUGGGCUAUCAGUCAAAGUUUCGGAGAAGCCGCACAGAAAGAACGACCGCCUAGUGUAUGGCAAAAAAAAUGGUCGUACGAUAACUUAUUGCAGUGUCGAUACCUUUAAUUAUUUGUAAUGCCAAUGCAAUAUACUGUUUGGACCUGGCGAAGGUCAGUGGAAGCAGGGGAAAGAAAAGCAAAGUGCAUGGUGUGACUGGAACACUGUAAGAGCAGCAGCCAAAGAAAGAGAAGUCUCGGGAAAGAGAAAAUGUCACGGAAUUAUUUUUAAAAGAGACAAAUGAUACUGAUGAUAAGAAUGACUGUUUUGAUAUCCAAUAUAAUGUAGUUGUACGACUAUCUAAUAUACUUAUUUUAAGAUUUAUUGUAGCUCUGCCAUUGAUUUUCCCGUGUGUAAUUAUGAUAAUAUUUUGUUCUAAUUAUCUAACUGAGGGAGCCCAUUCCUUAUAAGCCCGGUGGCUUCUCUUGGGCUUCCUCGCCAUGAGAGUUAAGGUAAUUAGAUUUUAUUUGAUUUGUAUAAUUUUUGGCAAACAAAACAAUAAACAAUAAACAAUUGUAAGCUGUGAUAAUAAUGUCUUCCUUCUGUUUUCAGGUAUGUCCUUUACCUUGCCACAAACCAUACAAAUGUUUCCCCAGAUGUGACAUCAGCUGCUGCACUCCUCCCCCUCCCCCUCCGCCACCACCCCCUCCUCCCUCGCCAUCAUGCCCUGGAACAUGCCCAGCACAAUGCUUUCCAGCAUGCUCUCAGGCUUGUUGCAGUCCUCCACCACCCCCUCCCCCAGCGCCAGUAUAUUACCCACCCCCAGCCCUACCCCCAACUCCAACAUGUCCUGGAUCCUGUCCAAGUACUUGCGCUCCAACAUGUUCUGUGAGGUGUUGUAUCAGUAGGAACAUUGCUCAGAAUGAUGUCAGACCUCUUACGUACACCGCUCCUCGCGUGGCACCAGUAGGUGAAAGAUACCAGAAUUACUACCCAGCCGCACAGUCAAAUAAUUACUACUACAAUCAGUACAGGCAAUACGCCCGAGCAAGGCCACAGUAUUUGAAUCCUUAUGCAAGGUAUCAAGCAUACAGAAAAUCAUAUGCAAACUGGCCGAAUUAUCCGAACGUCAAUCGCUAUCUAGGAUAA